CACACUAGGGAUAUGUUAUUGUGCUGACAAAAUGCUGCAAGAGUCAGUCCCUUAUUUUGAAGAAUCGAUUAAGGUACAUCAAUCGUAUAGUUGUCAACUUCAAGAACUUCUAGCGGAAGCUCACUACUACCUUGGUGCGGCCUCUGACAAGGCAGGCAACUGGGCGAAGUCUGAAGACUCGUUCAGAAGCAGUUUGUCUAUUUCUGCAAAAAUGGUAGGUGAACCUCCAUACCGUGUUCCAGCGUUGAGAGGGCUUGCAUUUUGCCUAUUUAAGCAAAAGCAGUUUGCUGUAUGCUUGCCUAUGUUUCUUGAAAUUCGUGAUACUUGCAGUCGAAGGCAAUCUCCAAUGUCACAAGUUAUGGCUUUAGUUUCUCUAAAUAUUGGAGUAUGUUAUUGGAAGCUGAAGCAACCAAGAAAAGCAGAAGCAGCCUUUUUAGAGUCACUUGAGAUAUUUAGAGCGGUAGUGCCGACAGGAAGUAUAAAUAUGAGCACAGCUUAUAAAACCGUCGGAUCGUUCUAUCAGGAGACAGGCAAUUUGAGAGAGGCAGAGGAGAUGUAUAGACAACGUGUGCUUAUUCUAGAACAAACUGCACCAGGACACAUCCUCAACGCUGCUGCGCUAAACAGCCUUGCUAUUUGUUUGUACAAGCAAAGCAAAUUUUCUACCAUGGAAUCUUUGCUGUGGAAAGCACGUCAUAUACUAACUGAAGUCUUACCAAACUCCGAGCCUAUGAUAACCGUUUGCAAUUAUCUUGGAGCGUGUUAUGUGAAACUGAAUCGCUUGAGUGAAGCGGAAGAAGCUCUAUUCGAAUGUCUCAGACUAUGUAAAGCUAUCAAACGUCCAGGAGAUCCGUUUACCAGUGGAACUGUCAGGACUCUUGUACAUCUCGGAUCGUUGUACGAAGAAAAGGGCGAUUUUAGGAAAGCGAUGGAGCUUUACGAGCACAGUUUGAAUACUUUGCAACAAAUGCCACUCAUUUACGAUGACACUACGGAUGUAUUGACCAAGGCAGUACUCUGCUUAUUUAAUCAACAAAAAUUGGUUGAAAUGUUACCUUUCCUGUUGACAUUACGUGAACUACAUGCACAGCAAGCGCCAGUAUCAGUGGCAAUGGUGGAGACUUGUAAUCUUAUUGGAGAGAUUUAUAUGAUCCUGCAGUACUGGAAAGAAGCCGAAGAAGCAUUCUCACAGUCUCUUGAGAUAUCUCAAUAUGUCUUCCCUCAUGGCCAUGCUGAUAUCAACAUAAUUGAACGACGUUUACAUGACGUCCGGCAACGACUAUAUUGACACUGCUGCUGCAUCAGAUGAAUUUGACUUUCUGCAGCUGAACGGACGGUACACUAGUAAGUGUAAUCCAUUAAAUAUUACUGUUGAAUGGGCGGCGGUAUCAAUGUCAGUUUAGGGAUGUAUUUGGUUAUGGAUGGUAGUUGGUUACUGAAUUAUGUUAUUUGGAGCUGUAGCAACCGAUUUGUUUUAGUCAAUUGCAAAUAUAUGUAGAAGUGUAUUACCUGCA